AAUAGUUUUUUUUGUUGAAAUUUAUAACGUAAAAGAAGAUAUGUACAUACAUAUUUGUGAAUUAUAAGCAGGAUGUACCUCCUUUCUUUAGAAGGACAAUUGAAGUAAGGAAGUGAACUCCUCUGCAAAUCAAGAUUUAAAGACAGAUUAUUGGUUAAUAACAGAAAUUUAACACAGACAAAGACAUAUUAUUUGUUAAUAACAUUUAAAAAAUACAGAAUAAAGAAACAAUGGACAAGGGGAUGGAUAAGACGUGCACUACGCUAGAGCAGGACACUGUUGAUAGAGAAAGACAGUCGAUAGAGACCGUUGACAAUUAUGACUUGAAAUUAGCCGAUUGCUUUUCUGAAAUUAAUCCAAUUAAUAAAUAUAAUCCAGUUCCAGAUAGAGAAAAAAUGCCAACUUUAGAGAGAAAAGAUACAGAAACAAAAGCAUCAUCAAACACAACGGCUUUAGUGAUAAGCAUUGCACCAGAACCUUGCAAUUCAGAUUCAUUGACGAAAAUAGAGACAACAAAUCUAGAGAUAAGGAGUACAACAGAAGACAAAAAUCUGGAGACAACAGAUCUUAAAACAAGGGGAACAUCAGAGGUGACCCACGAGGCAAACACUACAUCAGUUAUUUUAUCAGCAGAGUCAUUAGGACACCCUAAUUUUCUAAAACGUAGGCAUAUACCAGAAAAUGUAGUCCAAGAACAUGAAGAAUCACCGAUUAAUACACGAACUGCAGAAGAAAAUGAUGAAUCGAAGAAGAAGCCUCAUUUUGAAAGACGCAGGAUGUUUAACCUAGCAAAACAUAUAAUUUCUAUUGUGCUUAUUAUCCUCGAUCUGGUGUUAGAUUGGAUGGAAUAUUCUGAAAUGAACAAAACAGGAAACUAUACAAUAGCUGCAGAACGAAGCGUAAAAGAUGUAGAGUUUACUAUCGAAUGCGAAGGAACUGGUAAAACUAUACAAUUUAUUUUCCUUACUUUUACCAUAGUAGCAACAAUUUUAUCGGUCGUUCAGAUUUUACAUAUUAUAUACCAACUCUAUAACGAAAUAAAAGGUAAUCCGAAAGAUACAAAGAUUAAUCUCGAAUAUGUAGAAACGUUCGUGUUUUUACUUUUCAUUGAAAUUUCCCAGAUAAUGUUAAUCAUGGGAUUUUAUGAUGUUUGUACAUUGGACUGUACUAUAGAUUUAACUGACUUACUAAUUGCCCUAAACGGACUAUUUUCCUUUUCUAAGAUAUCAUGGCGAUUUUUCACAAGUUGCAAAUGUUGUACUGUGUAUCGGAAAAAUCAAAUUCGUCGACGCCCUAGUCCUGUACCAAGACCUCCCAUUAGAACUGGAAGUCCACUACAUAUCGUUAGAAGAGAAAGAGAUUGUCGCAGAUCAUGCAGUGAAUACAUCAAAACAUGCCUAAAGAUCAUACUGUUACCGUUACUUGUCUUACUAAUUCCAUUGUCGCCCUGCAUACUGGGUUACCUCAUCGCCAAGAAUUGUGACUGUGAUUGUGAUGUUUGUAAUGCGAAAGUUGGUGAUCGAAAUGGGGCACGAAAGAAAAGAACAUGGGAACAAUCUUUUAAAUGCUGCAUUUUGAGAUGUUGCCCUGACCAGGGCACAGAGGCUUGUGAAUGUACAUGUACACAGUGUAUAUCUUGUAAACAGUCUUGUAAAUGUUGUAUAUUAGGUUGUGUUCCAGCACAGUUUGAAUGUAAAUGUGGCGAAGGCUUGAGGUGUGAAAAAAAAUGUUUGUGUUGUUUACUACGUUGUUGCCCUUCAUAUCUCGAACCACCUCAAUUCGAGUUCUGUACAUGUAGAUGUGAUGAUUUCAUUGCCUUCGCAAUACCCUGUAAAAUCCCUCCUACGCAACAACAAGUCACUCAACCGUCAUCCCUAGUUGUUAUUUCAACACAGCCUAUACAACAACAAAGGCCGAUUAUUCAAGAAAGAAAACAGCAAUGCAAAAAUUGCGAUGUAAAAUGCCUGAAUUUUCUGGCUGCAAUUAUCUUAUUUUUUUUGAUAGUGUUACUUUUAUUCUAUUUGUUUUUGUUGUUGGUUGAAUUUCAAUAUAUUUUUUAUUGCGUUGAGGACGAAUGGCUGAUGCUUACUACACAGGAAAUGAUUGUUCAAAACUAUUUGAAACUAUUUUCGUAAAUCCUAACUUGCAUGUUAUUUGUGAGUAAUUUUUGUAGUGAAUAA